CUUGGUUUUUAUCCCUUUUCCCCUCUUAUUUUCCCUUCCAAAUUUUCGGCCCUCCUAAAAAGCACAACCAGUAUCCCCCUUUUUCUCCCCUAUUCUUAUGCCUUUAAACCAUCUUAAAAAUCAACCCUUCAUCCUCCUCCAUAUACUCGACCAGUCCACUCCCCUCCCUUUCCAAACCCAAGCUUAAAUAUAUCAAUUAUGCUAGGCAAAUGCCUGGCCUACUUGCAUGCAAGAAACACCGUGCAUAGGGAUAUUAAAGGAGCAAAUACAUUAGUUGACCCCAAUGGUGAAAUCAAGCUUGCAGAUUUUGGCAUGGCAAAACAUGUACGUAUCAACUAAAUGUUUUGGGUAGUUCAUGCGAAAUGCCUGCUUGGUGGGGGAAAAAAUCCACCAAGAGGAAUGCAAAAGACCCAAAAUCUCUUUCCCCAAAUUCUCCCAGUAGUUUGAAAAAUGAACUUACAGAGAGAAGAGAGAGACCUAAGAGCUUCGGCGAGCUCUCUGGUAUGGAGGAAACCAGGAACUCAACCAGAGCCAGUAGAGAUUUCCCUAGCGCCAGAGGUUCUUCUGGAUUCUCAGGCUUCGAUUCUCCUUCUUCCAUGGACAGAGGACAUCCACUGCUGGAGCCGUCUGUGUCCCCUUCUUCUGUUGGAAAUGAUCACGAGGAAUUGGUGAUAGCAGGCAUAGUCCAGUCUCACAAAGCCCUGUCCAUUCAAGGGUGCCUACAACCAGUUCUUUGCCUCUGCAUCCUUGGUCUGGAGGGGUUAAUUUCGAUACUCCAGCAGGAAGGUUGGAUGAAGGGAAGAGUGAAGGCCACCGGUUGCCUCUUCCACCUGGAUUUCCUAAUCAUCUUCUACCGGCUUCUCCUACCAGGCCUUCUACUUUGCCAAAUCCUAGAACUUGUGGUAUAGCUGAAGCCUCAACUGUUAAUCUAUCAAAAUGGAAAAAAGGAAGGCUUCUGGGAAGAGGCACAUUUGGCACGGUCUAUCUUGGAUUCAACAGUGAGAAUGGGCAGAUGUGCGCAAUUAAAGAAGUCAAAGUUGUUGCAGAUGACCGGACAUCCAAAGAGUGCCUUAAGAAAUUGAACCAGGAAAUCACUUUGCUCAGUCAAUUUUCACAUCCAAACAUUGUUCGGUAUUAUGGGAGUGAACUGGGAGAAGAGACGCUCUCAGUUUACUUGGAGUAUGUUUCUGGGGGUUCCAUUCAUAAACUGUUGCAAGACUAUGGAUCGUUUAAGGAGGCUGUUAUUCAAAAUUAUGCUAGGCAAAUUCUAUCUGGCCUGGCCUACUUGCAUGCAAGAAAUACCGUGCAUAGAGGGGGAGUUGGUGAUAACCUGCAUAGUCCAGUCUCACAAAGCCCUGUUCAUUCAAGGGUGCCUACAACCAGUUCUUCACCUCUGCAUCCUCGGUCUGGAGGUGUUUUUUUGGAUACUCCAGCAGGAAGGUUGGAUGAAGGGAAGAGUGAAGGCCACCGGUUGCCUCUUCCACCCGGAUCUCCUAAUCAUCUUCUACCGGCUUCUCCUACCAGGCCUUCUACUUUGCCAAUUCCUAGAACUUGUGGUAUAGCUGAAGCCUCAACUGUUAAUCUAUCAAAAUGGAAAAAAAGGAAGGCUUCUGGGAAGAGGCACAUUUGGCACGGUCUAUCUUGGAUUCAACAGGUAUG